AUGCUGAUGAAUAAAGCAAUUGAACAUGAAGGGGAAUUUAAUGAGCAGGACGAAGAGGAAGAAAGUCUAACUUUGGAAAAUAAUUUAGCAAAAUAAUCAAUCAUAGACAUUGGGCAAAUUAAGAAUUUUGAAGAUUUUAAGUUGGUUUUAGUCUAAUUGGAUGAGCAAAGAAUACUAACUUUAAGAUAAUAGAGUGAAGAAUCUAUGUAAUGUAUAUUACUAAAAAAGAUUGAAGUAGGCGUAAAUAUUGGAUGAUAUUGAAUUCAUAAAAAAAGAAAAGUAGAAAGAUCAAAUCCAAUAUAUACAAAAAAUAUUUUCUUUGGUGCCUCAAUAUAAUGCUAAAUUAUAAUAAAUUUCUAAUCUGAAAACAUCAAUCAGAGGACAAUUAGAUAAGAUAAAAAGGAAGAAAAAAAUUGAUUGAUAAAUAAAUUUUAUGUUAAUUAGAACAAGAC